AUGGGUCAGACCAAUAUGACUGUGGCAACCUAUUUCAUUAUUGCUGGAUUCUCAGAGCUUCCUGUUUUGCAGCUACCAAUUUUUCUCCUGGUCCUGCUUAUUUAUUUUCUUACAGUUGGAGGUAACUCAACCAUUCUUCUUCUAGUCUGUACAGAUCAUCGUCUCCACACUCCCAUGUACUUCUUUUUGGCCAACUUGUCCAUAGUAGACAUUUCUUGCUCGACUAUAACUCUACACAAAGCCCUUGAGACAUUUAUAUCGGGAGAUAACACAGUUUCUCUUUUUGGCUGUCUCAUACAAAUCUUUAUCUAUUUAUCUUUGUUAUGUGAUGAGUUAUUAAUUUUGACAGCCAUGAGUUAUGACCGUUAUGUGGCCAUAUGUAACCCAUUACAAUAUCACACAGUGAUGAAUCGUAAAGUAUGUUUACUUUUAGCCUCAGUGUGUUGGACUUGGGGAGUUAUUGAGACCAUUCCUAUAUUUAUUGAAUUACUUGGCUUUACCUGCUACACAUCUUGUAAGUUAAACCACUUCUUCUGUGACAUUGUGCCUCUAAAGAAGUUAUCUUGCAGUGACACAUCUAUUCUAGAGCUUUAUAUGCUCAUUGUCGGGAUGUUAAUUGCCACUUUUUCUCCAUUCCUUCUGACUUUCAUCUCUUAUGUUUUUAUUAUCUCCACCAUACUAAGGAUCCGUUCAAGCAUUGAAAGACGUAAAGCCUUCUACACAUGCUCCUCACACCUAACAGUGGUCGUCCUUCUAUACAGCAGUCUUAUAUUCCAGUACGUGAUGCCACACUCAUUUGUCAAUUUAGACUUGAAUAAGCUUUCUUCUCUGUUUAAUACAGCUUUGAUCCCCAUACUCAAUCCACUUAUUUACAGUCUAAAGAAUAAAGAUGUGAAAGCAGCUUUUAGAAGGAAACUAAAAAUAACCACAAAAUAA